GACGUUUCUGUCGUCGGAAUUGAGGCAAGGCCCAGGCAAUCCAAGGCCGUUGUAGUUGGACGGUCAGAGAGAAACGGUGAAUCAUUAUUAGUUCGUAGCGUGGGAGGUGAAUCCGCGUUUUCUCCUGUCGGAGCCGUAACGCACAGUCGCGAUGAGUUUCUUCAGCAAGAUUUUCGGUGGCAAGAAGGAGAAUGAGGCGCCUUCUACGGGAGAUGCCAUACAGCAGCUGCGCGAGACCGAGGAGAUGCUCCUUAAAAAGCAGGAGUUCCUCGAGAAGAAAAUUGAGGUGGAACUGGCCACGGCGAAAAAGAAUGGCACCAGAAACAAGCGGGCGGCGCUUUCGGCGCUGAAGCGAAAGAAGCGGUACGAGAAGCAGCUGCAGCAGAUAGACGGCACGCUGAGCACCAUCGAGAUGCAACGCGAGGCGCUGGAGGGGGCCAACACCAACACGGCUGUCCUGCAGACAAUGGGCGAGGCGGCCAAGGCGCUGAAGGCGGCGCACAAGCACAUGACGAGCUGGAACGUGAACUGGAGGAGCUGGAGCAGGAGGAGCUGGACAAGGAGCUGCUGGACCUGGGCCCGACCGCCGCGGAGCUGCCCGCAGUGCCGUCGGCCGAGCCCGCCCAACCGGCGCAUGGGGACGCUCGGGAGGCGCGGGACAGUGGACAGGCAGACGCCGCCGUCUGCUCCGCUCCGUUCGGCUGGAUCCAGUCCAACCCGGUCGGGUCCGGUCUGCGAUCGACUGCAUUGUAG